AGCAAAUUAUCUUUUUGGAAAUAUUCUAAUAUGAAUUCAGCAAAUACGACUAUAACGACUUUAAUAAUGAUUAUGCAUGUUUCCCUAAUAUGGGGCAGAACUUUCUGGCAAUUAAAUGAAGAUGCUAAACACUCUAAUUGUUCCUUAACUGGAUUUGUACUACUAACUGACAUCAAAUUACAUGUGGUCUUGGAUCCUGGUAAUAGAACCGGCUGAUAUUUUUCGUCAUCAAACUAAACUUAUUGAACUAAGCUUGCGAAAUAAUAAGUUAACGAAUUUAACAGAAAACCUAUUUUAUUAUAGUUCAACUUUAAAAAGUUUAGACUUGGAAAAUAAUCUUAUAGAAGUACUGCAGCCUGAUAUUUUUAAACCUUUAAUCAACUUAAUACGAUUAAAUCUAAGUAGCAACAAAUUGAUCGCAUUGCCCCAGGGUCUUUUGGAUAAUAAUAAAAAUUUAAUAGAACUUUCUUUGGGCCAUAAUCAGGUGCAAAUGAAGAAUUUGCCUUCAAAUCUGCUAGCAAAUUUGCCCCAUUUAUAUGAAGUACUUUUGGAGUGUGGUUUGGAAGAGCUGCCGCCAACUAUAUUUCACAAUUCGAAGAAUAUUUUAUCCUUAACUAUAACGGGCAAUAAGUUUACAGAACUUCCGGAAGAUUUAUUCAAGAGUCAACAGCAUUUAAAAUUUUUGAAUAUAUCCAAUAAUAAUUUACUGCAUUUACCGGAAACUUUUUUGCAAAAUACUACGGAUCUUCAGAUAUUUGAUGUAUCCUACAAUAAUCUAACAUUAUUCUCAAGUAACAUGUUUCAUUCCUGUCGAGAAUUGGAAGUUCUUUUAUUAAACAACAAUAAGUUAACUACCGACAACAUACACAUAACAUGGACCUUUCGAUUUCACCGAAAUCUAAAGACGCUAAAUAUGAGCAACAAUUUAAUUGAAUCAGUAUCAAAAGAGUGGACAGUGCCUUAUUUUCUGGAGAUUUUUGAUUUAAGUCAUAAUAAAAUAACGAUACUAAGCGAUACUGAAAUAAUUAACUUAUUAAUUUACAAAAUAAUACUGUUGAAAAUAAGGACUUUCAAAGGCAGCUUUUAAAAAUUGAUCUAAAUAAUAAUCCCAUCAAGUGUGAUUGUAAAAUUUUAGAUUUUGCACAAUUAUUUAAGUCUCCAAAUAGAUACUACAACUUAAGGGAUAACGUGCAAUUUCU